UACCCAGUAGUUUUCAUUGCAAAAAAGCUAGGGCUUUGUACUUUCCAAUUCUAAUCCACAAAUGUUCUCUUCCACCAGCAGUCUCAAUCCUCCUCCACACUUUCCCUCAUCCUCAGACCACCAUUUUCCUCCUCCUUUUGCUAACCACGAGCUUGGCGACAUUUUCCUGAACCAAUACCAUCACGACCCGCUUUCCGGUCCAUUUUUACCCACCAAUGCUCCAUUUCCAGGAAACGUCAAUUUUGCAGUUUCAAAACAUCCAACUAUGAAUAGGGAAAACGAUAUUGGAGAGUACCCACCUAGUUUAUCCAAUUUCCUUGUCAACAAACCAGUGAAGAAAGAUCGGCACAGCAAGAUUUACACGUCCCAGGGCUUGAGGGAUCGACGGGUGAGACUGUCCAUUGGGAUUGCCCGCAAGUUCUUUGAUCUCCAGGACAUGCUAGGGUUUGACAAAGCUAGUCAAACCCUAGACUGGCUGCUGACCAAGUCUAGAAAAGCGAUCAAAGAAGUUGCACAAAUGAAGCAGAACUUUAGUGGGCAUGCCAAGCGUUUGUCUCCCUGCAGUUCUGAAUAUGACGUGUUUUCCGGAAUCAACGCGGUCACCGAUAGCGAGAAACUAGAAGGGAGAGUUUCGAAGAGCAAGUCAUUGCUAAGUUCUAGUGUUUCGAACGACAAGAAGACGAAAACGCUGAGUAAAGGUGCCAUUCAUCUUCUUGCCAAAGAGUCGAGGGCGAAGGCAAGAGCAAGGGCAAGGGAAAGGACAAGGGAAAAAAUGUGCACUGAAAGGCUGCACGAGUCGAAAAAAUGUCCAACAGGACCUCAAAUUCUACAACAAUAUUUGAGCCCACAAAGUCAGCGUGCAGAUAGUGAAAGACCCUCCAAGGUGGUGGCGGUCGAAAUUGAAGAACUACACUCUCACCUAGCGGAUCAAGGACUAAGAGCAAGCCUUAUUGAUCAGGAAUCCGUAGUGAUCAGAAAAAAGUUGAAGCCAUCUGGGAGAUUGGAUUAUCAUCAGCCAAACUUGGUGAUCUCGAAAGAUCUAAGCUCCACCAAUGGGAAUAGCAACUACUUUCCCAAUUUAUCUCUCACUUGGGGCAUUAAUAGCGCAGUUGCAGUACGCUCUAGCUUUUUUACCGUCGGCAACAUGAAUCAUUCUAAUUAAUUAAAGAACUUCAAAUCUGCGGGGAACCUUUGGAAGACAGUGCCAAUUAUCAACUUCUGCACUCAAAUGCAUUUCUUCAAACAAUAGCACGAUGGCAUCGAAGGUUUUACGCAUUAUCGAUUUAAGCUGUACUUGUUUUUUCUUGAUAUAUAUAUAUAGCAGAAAAUGGGUGUACCUCGGGAAUGCUAGCUUAUGCAUAUUUAUCUAUGAAUUACUUCGGGUUAUUUAGCGAUGGAAUAUUAAUGAAGA